CAGCCAAAACCAACUCCAUUUCUCUCUCUAUUGAGUCUAAAAUGGAGUGCUGUGAGGCAAAAUCCGGCCAAGCUUCAACUAUCUUCCUCUCUCAGUCGCCGUCGUCGUCUCCUUCACCGCCGCCGAGUAUUCAGACCGGCGUGGUGGUCAGUCCGUGUGCGGCGUGCAAGAUUCUGAGGCGGAGAUGCGCAGAGAAAUGCGUAUUGGCGCCCUAUUUCCCUCCUUCUGAUCCUCUCAAAUUCACCAUUGCUCACCGUGUCUUCGGCGCUAGCAACAUCAUCAAAUUGCUUCAGGAUCUUCCUGAAUCACAAAGGGCUGAUGCAGUGAGUAGUUUAGUAUACGAAGCAAAUGCAAGAAUUAGAGAUCCAGUUUAUGGGUGUGCAGGGGCCAUUUGCCAGCUUCAGAAACAGAUAAACGAAUUGCAAGCAGAGCUAGCCAAGACACAGGCUGAGCUUGUCAAUAUCCACUGCCGCCAAGCCAAUUUGGUGGCACUGAUUUGCAAGGAAUUAACCCAACUGCCGCCACCGAUGUCGCCGCUGCCGGACCACCGCUCACUUGACAACAAUUUCAACAUUGCCACUCCUCAAAGCUACCAAGGCUACACAUCUUUGUUUGAGGAUAGCAAUAUUUGGGACCCUCUUUGGACAUGAGAAAGGAAAAAAAAUGUUGAACAUGGCUGCAAAGGGGGAGAGAUUUCUAAGACAAAGGUUUUGGAAAGUCAAACUUGGAUUGGUUUUAAGUAGAAUAUAUGAAACUGAAAGUCUAGUAGUUGAAUUUUGGGUAAUAUUAGGCAGUUGUUAGGUUAGAUGGGUUCCUCAUUUGCUCCCUUAAAACCAAGAAAAGUGGAGUGAAGAAAAAGGACUGAUGUUUACUGUACUAGAUUAGUGCAAAAGUAUUUAUAUCUUAGUAUAUAUCUCUUUUCUUUUUUUGGUUACCUACCAUUAGCUUCUUAACAUUGAUGUGUCAAGAAAAGAAACAUCUUUGUCAAAAUGUCUCAAACUUGAAGUGGUGUUGAUGGUUGCUUCCCCCUUUUUGAAAAUGACUAAAGAUGCUCCCUUUAUGAGAUC